AUGGCAUCGACCCGGGUGCCAUGGAACUGGGCGAGCGAUUACAGUAGCAGACCAGUGGUCUUGUCGAUAACAUGGCGUGCUUCACUGGCAUCAAGGAGUUGUGGCCUUACUUCUAGUGUCGGUGCCGCGGCCGACAGUAUCGUCUUCUACAGUCUGUGGAUAAGCAGUGGCCGAGGGGAAGAGCUUGUCGAAGUGUUCCGCGUGUGGACCGUCUACAACAACAUGUUCGUCUUCGAGAGACCCAUGUGGCAUUUCCGUCACGACCCAUCCUGGUACUCUUUGGGUCUUGCUGUCCUCGGCUUUGCUGGGAGAUUCAGGUCCGGGUGGCAUGGCGGCAGUCCUCAACCGAUCUUGCCUCCUAGAUCGCUCGCCGAGCAUUUACCCUCGCGCCGCCCCCUAAAGUACCAGACCUCGAUGGCUGGGCAGUGCCGCGAUGGCCUCGGCUCGUUGAACCGGGCGAGGCGGCCGCUGCCGGCAACUGGGUCACGAUCUUCAGCACCGACCGACGACUUCGCCACCACGCCCACCACAAAAAAAGAUGGUAGUCUUACAGGUCCCAGGUAUUACAAUCGUUAA